AUGAGUGCUAUCAUACGAUGGGCAGCGUCAUUGAAUGAGUGUGUCGCAAGGUCGUCAUUUGGCCGCAUAUUUCGUCUUGAAGGAUGCGAACAUGACAACGAGAUCAAGAAUGCAAAGUUUACGACGGAGGUGCGAGCGGGACUUACCACUUUCUUCACGAUGGCCUACAUCAUUGCUGUGAACGCGUCAAUUCUGUCCGACACCGGUGGUAAUUGUGUAUGCAAUGAUCCCGAUGACCGAUAUUGUCUAAACGACAAUAAGGAAUACGACAUCUGUGUCCAAAAUCUCCACAGAGAUCUAAUCACCGCCACAGCGGCCAUGGCCGGCUUAUCCUCAUUUCUGUUCGGCUUCCUGACAAACAUGCCCGUCUGCUUAGCGCCUGGUAUGGGUCUCAAUGCCUAUUUUGCCUAUCAAGUUGUCGGACAUCAUGGCAGAGGUCCCAUCUCCUACAGUCUUGCUCUCACAGCUGUGUUCCUCGAAGGUCUCAUCUUCAUCUUCUUGUCCUUGAUUGGCAUGCGACAAUGGCUCGUCAAGGUCAUUCCAAGCUCUCUCAAGAUCGCAGCUGCUUGUGGUAUCGGCCUGUACCUUGCCGAAAUCGGGCUGAGCAGUGCCUCUGGUAUUGGUGCCAUUAGCGGUGCGGCACAAACUCCCCUCACUAUUGCGGGUUGCCCAGACAAAUACAAGAACGAAAUGGGAGAAUGUCUGAGUCACAAGAUGACUUCUCCAACUAUGUGGCUCGGAAUCAUGUGUGGUGGUGUUAUCACAGCUUAUCUCAUGAUGUUCAAAGUCAGGAGUGCUAUGAUCGUCGCCAUACUGCUCGUGUCCGUCAUUUCAUGGCCACGAGACACACCGGUCACGUAUUUUCCGGCUACCGAACUGGGUGACCACCGAUGGGAUUUCUUCAAGCAGGUGGUCAACUUUCGGCCCAUCAGACAUACACUGAACUCAUUGGACUGGGAUUUGAGGAAAGCGCCUGGCCACUUUGCAGUGGCUCUCUUCACGUUUCUCUACGUCGACAUCAUUGAUUGUACUGCUACGCUAUAUAGCAUGGCGCGGUUCUGUGGCGUCGUCGAUCCGGAAACUGGAGACUUUCCUCGUUCGACUCUGGCGUACUGCACAGAUGCAACAUGCAUUUCGAUUGGAGCUCUCCUUGGCACAUCCCCUGUUACCGUAUUCGUCGAAUCCGGAGCUGGUAUCGCGGAAGGUGGGAAGACGGGGCUGACUGCGAUUACUUGUGGUACCUGCUUCAUCAUCUCCAUGUUCUUUGCCCCUAUCUUCGCUUCGAUUCCACCAUGGGCGACCGGGUGCACUUUGAUCCUUGUUGGAUGCCUCAUGAUGCGCCAAAUCGUGUCGGUAAACUGGCGAUACAUUGGCGAUGCCGUCCCAGCAUUCGUCACUGUAAUGUUUAUUCCGUUCGGCUACAGCGCAGCAUAUGGUCUGAUCGCGGGCAUGAUGAUCUACACCGCCCUCAACGGCUUGGUGUACAUCACCAAGAUCGUCUCUGGCGGAUAUAUUGUACCCGAAGACGAAGAUCAUCGGGAAUAUUGGACAAUAACGCCACAUGGUAGACGGCCAUGGUUUGUCGGUGCUAGCGUCUGGCUAGCAGACCGUCUCAACCACAACGCGAAGAGGGAAAAGGAUGACAAUGCGUCGAUUCGGAGCUCGGGAUCGAGGUGGGAGAACCAGGGUCGCAUCGCGUCGUAUGGCUCCAGUCGCGAGUUGCAGGCUAUCACUACGCAUCCACUGCUAACGGAUCCGCGGCAAGAGAAGGUGCUGAGGAAGAUCUGUCGUCAAAAGUAUACAGACACCCAAGCGUGGCUCAAGGUUUCGCAGUCCGUUCCACCAGCGCACGAUGGAAUACCCUUCGAAGCAUGUCGGACUCCCCACCAGGCCCGGCGCACAUCACCAAUGAAGCGACAGAUCAACGCAACCCAUUACGUCGUCGGUCGAUCUCCCGCUUUCCGCGCCUCACUCCAGCUCUCAAUACAGGAUUGA